AUGUCGUUGAAACCUAGCGCCAUCACCCGCACACCCAGUCGCCUGCCAGCGCCUGCCCUCUUCGUCGGGCCCCCAUCCCACAAUGCCUCAAAUGUCUCACUCCUCCCGCUCGGCACCGAGACCAAAACCCCCCUGACCCGGCAACGCUCUCUCCUCUCUCCAGACCCAAAGCGACCCCUCCCACCAAACACCUCCGAGCUCGAUGGGGAACGACUUAGCACCAUAUCCUCCGAAUCAUCGGCACCCUUCGUCCGGCGACAACGGCAGCACAGCAUAGCAGCAGAUGCGGAAGCUACGUCCAGGGCCGAGGCCAUAUGGACGGAAAUGCAAAACACGCUCCAAGAGGUGGAGUUGAGUGCUAUCAAGGGGUCAGGGAUGGAAGUCUUUGGGGCUGAGCACUCACGGGCGUUGGACGAACUUCGACAAGCGCAGAUUAAACUUGCGAAGGCGUGGGCGCGUUCGGAAGCAGAGGAGAGCGGACAGGCGUCGGAUCAGCAGAGGAAAGCGCACGACAUGCACGCGGGUGACCUGCUUUCCCAGAGCACCCUGACGAGGCCAAGAAGCAAUACACAGGGCAAGGAAGAUAAGCUGUUUGAUCGCCACAAGCUAGAGGAGGAAACGGAAAAAGACAUCGAGCUGAGCAGAAAGAGAAGGGAGGAAAAUGAUCUGUACUUUGAGAAGGUGAACAGUGGCGUGCAAGAGGUGGUCGUCAGACUGGAAGAGGUUGCGAAGGCGAUGAGGGGUGUGGAAAGCGAAAGCAAGGAGAUCUGGGGUCACGGGGAUGAUGGCGUGGAGACUGAGAGUGUGGGUUCGGCGCCGAGCAUCACUUGA